UCCCAGAGGCCAGGCGGGCAUGGAGGGCAGCAAGCCCAGCUCCUCGCCCGGCAGCCGGGAGGAGGGCAGCCCCAGCGCCAACGCCUGCUUCCCCGGGAAGGAGAAGGGGCCGGAGGAGCAUGGCAACUCGGUCUGCUUCAAAGUGGACGGCGGCGGUGGCGGCGGAGGCGAGGAGGAGCAGCAGCCCAUGGUGGGCAUGGAGGAGCCCCAGGGAGCCGGGCGCCAGCAGCAGCAGCAGCAGUAUGGCUUCAUGCAGCGCCAGUUCACCUCCAUGCUCCAGCCCGGGGUCAACAAAUUCUCCCUCCGCAUGUUCGGGAGCCAGAAGGCGGUGGAGAAGGAGCAGGAAAGGGUUAAGACUGCGGGCUUCUGGAUCAUCCAUCCCUACAGUGACUUCAGGUUUUACUGGGACUUAAUAAUGCUUAUAAUGAUGGUUGGAAAUCUUGUCAUUAUACCUGUUGGGAUCACAUUCUUCACAGAGCAGACAACAACACCAUGGAUUAUUUUCAAUGUGGCAUCAGAUACUGUGUUUCUGUUGGACUUGAUCAUGAACUUUAGAACUGGCACUGUCAAUGAGGACAGCUCUGAGAUAAUACUGGACCCCAAAGUCAUCAAGAUGAAUUACUUAAAGAGCUGGUUUGUGGUUGACUUCAUCUCAUCAAUACCAGUGGAUUAUAUAUUUCUCAUUGUAGAGAAAGGAAUGGAUUCAGAAGUCUACAAGACAGCUAGAGCACUUCGCAUUGUGAGGUUCACAAAAAUCCUCAGUCUGUUGCGUUUAUUACGUCUUUCAAGACUAAUAAGAUAUAUUCACCAAUGGGAAGAGAUUUUCCACAUGACAUAUGACUUAGCAAGUGCCGUGGUAAGAAUCUUCAACCUGAUAGGAAUGAUGCUGCUCCUUUGCCACUGGGAUGGCUGCCUUCAGUUCUUGGUACCAUUGCUACAGGAUUUCCCACAAGAUUGCUGGGUGUCCCUAAAUGGUAUGGUUAAUGAUUCCUGGGGAAAGCAAUACUCAUAUGCACUCUUCAAAGCCAUGAGCCAUAUGCUUUGUAUUGGUUAUGGAGCCAGAGCCCCUGUCAGCAUGUCAGAUCUCUGGAUAACUAUGCUGAGUAUGAUUGUGGGGGCCACCUGUUAUGCCAUGUUUGUCGGUCAUGCCACUGCCCUAAUCCAGUCUUUGGAUUCAUCACGGCGUCAGUAUCAAGAAAAGGUAAUUUACUUUGCUUGA